GAAUGGCAUUCCGUGAGGGAGCCAAGUAGGACCGAGCAGGGGCGGAUCCAGGAUUUUCAGUGAGGGGUUCAGUAGUACAUAUACGGACUAGUCGAAGGGGGUUCAGCCUCUAUUAUUUAUACAUAAAAAUUUUCUUUACCAUGUAAAAAUAGUAUAAUUUUCCGACGAAGGGAGUUCGGAUGAACCCCCUGGAAUACAUGUACAUCCGCCACUGGGGCCGAGGGAGUUCAUCCAAACCCCUUUUUUUAAUGUAUGUUUAGUUGAACCCUCUUCGAUUUCUUUGUUUAUUUACUCCGUAUUGAAGUCUCUUAGUGAAAAUCCUGGUUGCGCCAUUGAUGCGAUGCUAUUCCACCUUAGCUCAUGUGAGUUUCAAUAACAAAGUCGAUGAUUGUAGCAGGUUGAUAAUCAAAGUAAAAACUAACUUUAAACCUUUUAUACUAAGGAUUCAUAUAAUCAAUUUUAACUAAUAUGAAAUUAAGGUAUGCUUUAUUGAUUGGCGUUGUUGCUUGUACUAUCUCAUUCUUGGUCCUCAGCUUCACAACAAGCUACAAGUAAAGUGGCCUCUUUCCUGAAUUUCCAGUCUCUCAACUUCUAAAAUAGUCACAAUCCUGAAGUUUAAAUAUAGUCAUUUUUAUGGAGUUCGAAUUCCAUAGAUGAAAGUUUAGGGCAUUAUCAUCAAAAUUUAUUUACGAAAUUAGAAAAACUCCGGCGAUCAGUGAAAACUAUUUCUACGAAUUCCUUGCUAUAGCAUUUUACAAGACGCAAAGACUCAUGCAUCACGCGACAUAUAAAACUAUACUAAAAAUAUAAUGUUAUUAUAUAUCUUUUGGCCGAUUGUAGUAAAACACAAAUACUUCUCCUCCUAGAAACAAUUAACCAAUUAUAAAAGAAAUCUUUUCCAACAAGGAAACUUUUUCACCAGGAAAAUCCUCUAGUAACGUCGUAAUAGGAAACCUUAGUUGUGAAGGAUUUGAUAUUUGGUAACUUUUUUUAAUCCGUGUCUAAAUAGGACUAAUUUUUCCUAAUUCAUAUUGGAAUAGGCUUACUACUCUUUAGUCUAAUUUGGUUUUGUAGUAUUAUAAAUAAGUGUUGUAUGUUACAUAUUUUCAUGUAGCAAAAUCAAGAGCUUUUGAGUUAUUGAAUAAAGCCCCUCCUAGGAUCUUCUUCUCUCUAGUUUCGCUUUGUGCUUUUCUCAUGGCUUCUCAAGAAGAGUCGUUGGAGUACCUGGAGUUGAGAUGUCGACUUAAAGAAGAUAUCAGGAAGAAGAUGAAGAAGAACAAAUUAAGUUCUUCAAUUAACAAGGCAUUGCCCUUCAAUUAUGGUUCUUUUUUUGGACCUUCACAGCCUGCAAUCGCGCAAAGAGUGAUCCAAGAAAGCAAGUCACUAUUCGAGAAUCCAACUAUGGCAGCAAAAUCUGGCAGUACCAAAAGCAACAAUGCACCAAAAGUCACUAAUGAGUUAAAAUCAAAAGUGCAGAUGUUGAAAGAUAGUAGAGAUUACUCGUUUCUAUUAUCUGAUGAUGAUGCUCAGCGACUUCCUGCUCCAUCGAAAGCUGCAGGAGUAACUUUACCUCCAAGCAACCAGCAAUAUUCGAGCAAUACAGGGAGAAAGUUGCUUGAAGAUGGUGAAGUUAUACAGAAACCUAUACCACGAAACAAACUUGUUGCUUUGCAUAAGCCAAAGCCAACCCUUUCAAAGUUGCAACCUUCAACGGAAAUACCACAAUCUGGAAAAUCAAAGGUGAUGCCAACGCAAGCAAACAGGCAGAAACAGGCAGCGCCACCGUCGGAUGCAAGAAAACUAAAGAGGAGACGUGAUGGAGCAGAAGCUAUUAGUAUGAUUAGGAAGAUGUUUGGGUAUAAUCCAAACAAGUAUCAAGAUGAUGAUGAUACUAGUGAUAUGGAGGCUAACUUUAAUGACAUACUGAGGGAAGAAAAACAAAGCGCGAAGAUAGCAAUGAAAGAGGAUCAAGAAGAACUCAGGAAGAUUGAAGAGCAAGAAAGGAGGGAGCGGUUGAGAAGACAGGCAAAGAAGCGCAAGUUACAGAUGGCUCAAGGGUAAAACUAGUAAAGGAUGGAUUUGCUUUAGGCCCCAAAAUUUUGAGACCUCAAAAAGAUUGAGAAAAGUUUAGGAUUUCACGAAGGUCGUGAAUUACAU